AUGGGUUCAAAGGUUGAUGAUCGUCCGUCCGUGACCAUCGCGCAGGGAACCGUCGUCGGUACCGUGGUCACGGAAGACGUCCCCCGGCCGAUUGAAGCCUUCCGCGGCAUCCCGUACUGUCUCCCUCCGACCGGCGACCGCAGGUUCCGGCCGCCGGUCAAGGUGGGACCGUCAACGGCGACGAUCGACGCCUCAAAGUUCGGCGCCGUCGCCCCGGGCAAGCAGCUCUUCCCCGGCGGUCCCAAGUUCGAAUACAGUGAAGACUGCCUGACAGCCAACGUCUUCCGCCCCCAGAGUUAUGAUGACGGCAAGUUGUUGCCCGUCGCCGUGUACAUCCACGGCGGCGCGUUCAACCGCGGCACGGCCAUGAUGCACAAUACCCCCUCAUUCCUUGCCAACUCCGGCCAGGACCUGGUCGCGGUCUCGUUUAACUACCGCAUCGGUGCCCUCGGUUUCCUUCCCUCGACAAUGAGCUACGAGCAAGGCGCCGUCAACUUGGGUCUGAAAGACCAGCUCAUCCUCCUGGAAUGGGUCCGGGAUAACAUCACCGCCUUCGGAGGUGACCCCAACAACGUCACUCUGUUCGGCAUCUCGGCCGGAGGUCACUCCAUCGGUCACCUCCUGAUGCACGACGAAGGCCAAACAGCCCCCCUCUUUCACAAAGUCAUCCUCGAAUCCGGCGCCCCGACAUCCCGCGCCGUCCGCCCCUACAGCGCCCCCAUCCACGAAGCCCAGUUCGCCGACUUCCUCGCCGAAACGGGCUGUCCCUCCGGCCUCUCCUCCACCGAGACCUUCGCCUACCUCCGCAGCGCGCCCACCGAAAAGGUCCAGGCCGCCCAGAUCGCCGUCUUCGACAAGUACAACCCCUCCCUCCGCUGGGCCUUCCAGCCCGUCAUCGACGGCGAGAUCAUCCCCCGCCCGCCGAUGGAGUCGUGGAGGCUGAACAAGUGGCGCAAGGUCCCCAUCAUGACGGGCUUCAACCGCAACGAGGGCUCCAUCUACAUCAGCAAGAAGGUCUCCAGGUCGGAGGAGUUCACGAGCUUCUUCGCGGACCUGCUGCCGCUGCUGUCCAAGGAGGACGUCGAGACGAUAGACAAGCUCUACCCGGACCCCCUGACCGUCGCGGACUCGCCGUACAAGGAGCAGCUGGAGGGCACGGGGCCGCAGUACCGCCGGCUGGAGGUCGCGUACGGACAGUACGCCUACGUGGCCCCCGUGCGCCAGACGGCGGAGCUGGCGAGCAAGUCGACCGAGGAGCCCGUGUACCUGUACCAGUGGGGCCUGGAGAGCUCGUUGCUGGACCGGGCGAGGCACGGCGAGAACAUGUACUACGAGACGUGCGAGCCGAACAGGACCAAGAUCUCGGCGGCGCAGAAGGAGUUGUGUUUGACGUACAACGCGUAUAUCACGAGCUUCAUCGCGACCGGGGACCCGAAUGCUGUGGAGGGGUCUGCGCCGGAGAGGCCCGCGUGGGAGAGGUAUCGGGCGGAGAACCCCAAGGCGAUGGUGUUUGGGGAGGAGAACAAGGAGUUGAUUGGAGGUCCGGCAGGCGUUCCGGCGAGGUUACAUGAUGAUACCUGGGCUAGGAAAGAGUCAGAGUUUUGGUGGAGUAAGGUUGAUGUCUCUCAGCAGUAG